AUGGGUCUGCGGCUCCCGCUGCGCAGGGAGCAGCACCCGGCCCUGCUCGAGGCGCCCGGCCCCGCCGCCCUGAAAGCGGAGGCAAACGUGCUAGUGAUGGGGGCGGACAACGUGGGCAAGUCAGCUUUGACUGUGCGUUUCCUCACCAGGCGUUUUAUCGGGGAAUACGGAGACAUGGAAUUCAUCUACAGUCACAACCUGACYGUGGACGGCCGAGAGAUUCUCUUCCACAUCUGCGAUGUCCCAUAUUCACAGGACCAGGCAGAUGAGGGCUCCUCCGAGGAAAAGCAAAUCCAGUGGGUGGACAGCUUUGUCCUGGUCUACAGCAUCUGUGACCGCGCCAGCUUCAACAUCCUGCCCCUCAAAAUCCAGGUCAUCAAGGCCGCCAAGGAGGGUAUGAGCCAGGAGAAGGUGCCCAUCGUCAUCGUGGGCAACAAGCGGGACCUGCACCACCAAAGGGUGGUGUCCAGCGAGGAGGGCUGGCUCCUGGCCCUCUCUUUGGACUGYGGUUUCUAUGAGGUCUCGGCCGCUGAGGCCUAUCACGGGGCCCUCGUGGUCUUCCACGGGCUGGCUGAGCGUAUCCCUGACAACAGGCUGGCGCUGAAAAGGGGUACCAGGAUCCRGGGCAUCGUCAAGAGCAUGUCGGCUGUGUUUGCCCGGAAAAGAACAGACUCCCUCUGAGCUGGGGCCAGCACGUUGCUUCUCUGCUGCUGCCCGCUGGGCUCAGCAGUGCCUGGCUGGAUGGAGCCUCCUCCUUGGGUGCCUUUGGAAACGGACGCACAUUUGAUAAGAAUGAUGCUUUCCUCAAUUACAUCCCAACGUCAGGAUCUAGGUUUCCAGACAUUUAAGCCAGUGCAGCUGAGGACUGUAGAGCCUUUCUGUAGUGAUGGAGACAAGACCCCCUCAGUGGGCCUGGGCUCCAUGUCCAUCAUGGGAGUGCUUGAAACUGUGAAUCCACCCAGCACUGUCCCYGUGCUCACUGCUGAGAUGCUGCCUUGGCAGGGGCUCCAGCUGCAUUUUCGUAGGCAUGUCUGACAUGUCAUUAUUCAGUACAUSGUCUCUGUAGGCCCCCAGUGAGGCUUUCGGCUCUAUGGUGGUUCAUGCUUUGUGGCAGAACCUUUCCUGUUUGCCAUAGAAUAUUUUUAGGUGCUUCCUGCUUUCUCCUUCGUUCCUGCAGUGCUGGAAAUCACCAGGUCCCUUUGCUGCUAUUCCAGGCAGCAUUGGAGCUUCCUCAGUGUCUUCUUCAGAAAAGUGCCUUGACUGAUACUGAGCAGAGAGAAUAAACUGCUGACUGGCAGUACUGCCUGCCUCCUCCACUCAUCCUGGGUCUUGGAUAUGCUCUUUCUGCAAGAUUCCAGUUACUUCUGUCCAUGAUACUUGUCAGCAUCCCCUUUUCUGUAACCCUUGAUCUGCUCUCACUUUUCUGUUCAUUUUCCCAACCAACUAGCUGGCAUGAUGGGGUUUUCUCCAUUGAGUGCCUGCCGAUGCUGAGCCGGCUGUGGAAUCUCCAAUCCUGCCAUAUCACCCGACCCUGAAGGACCUCGAAGAGGACUGUGUGGCCUCCAGUCCCAUCUGCCUCUUGUCUGGGCUUCUGAGCACUGCUCUGCUUUUGAACUGUGAGUCCUGCUGCCAACGGAUGUUUCCUUUGUUCUAAUAACAUAUAGACUGUGURUGGGAAAAUCGGUUGUGUGGCUCUUUCCCAGCGUGUGGUAUUGUAGAGUGUGUCUGGUUUUCCCAGUCCUCCUGUAGAAGCCAUGUCUGCUGUUCCUGAAAAUGAAGGGAAGUUGGGAAAAGGAACACUGGACUCUCACAGACCUGCGGGCCCAUCCUUGAACUCCAUACUACCGGAAGGCAUUUUUCCCUGUCUCUCCCCCAAAGCCUUCACCA